AUGCACGUCCGCACCCCCUUUUUCGCCCUCACCCUCACCCUCCUCACCUCCCUCACCGGCACCUUCGCCGCUCCAGCCACCGAACCCGACAUCGCAGCCCGCCAAGCCGCGCCCUGCAACCCCGACUACGUGCCCUCCUCAUGUGGCGCAUGUCACUACUUCCGCGGCUGCACUAGCUUCCAAGGGGCGUGGAUCGUGCCAUGUCCUCGCUGUGACGCCACCGCGUGGUGCCAGUGCUACGGACCGUUCCCGAAUGGACCGUACUUUGAUCCGGGACCUGCUCCGACGACCACGCCGAGGCCUGCUCCGACUCCGACUCCUGUCUGA